AUGAAAUAUUCAAAUUGCAAGGAAUUAACUAUUGUAAGCCUUUACAGUCCAGAUGGCUGGAAUAAGAAGGAUAGGGUUUCAGUGGCAUUCUAUAUUCCAAAUUUGAAGUUUGGACGAGGUACUAAAUUAAAGGAAAAUUUGAGCAUAUUUUCUGCAGAAGCUCUUGCUAUUGUUGCUGCAUUAAGAUUCAUUGAAGAUCGUUCUGAAAGAUUUUGGGUAAUCAUCACAGACACCAUGAGUGUUCUAAAAGCUCUACAGAAUCAUCAAUUCAGUGCUAAGUCAAGCUACAAUAUCCCCGAAAUCAAAUACUAA